AUGGUAAGGACAGAGAAGUUCCUGGAGGUGAUCAACGCAGCCAACACUUCCCUGCCGGAGCUGCGGAAACUGUCUUGGUCUGGCAUUCCCUCACAAGUCCCCCACGUCUCUCCACAGAUUCACAUUGACAUCCCACGCAUGUCUCCCCUGAUUCCGUUGUUCCAACAAACAAUCGUACAAGAAAUGUUUGAGCGCAUUCUGUACAUCUGGGCCAUCCGUCACCCUGCCUCAGGUUACGUGCAGGGGAUCAACAACCUUGUCACACCCUUCUUCAUCGUCUUCCUUCAUGAGGUGGUUCCUAAAGAGGAGAGCCUGGACACAUACGAGGUGGAGAAGAUUGAAGCGGAGCAGCGGGCGGUGGUGGAGGCAGACAGCUUCUGGUGUAUGUCAAAGCUGCUGGAUGGAAUACAAGACAACUACACUUUUGCACAGCCAGGCAUUCAAAGCAAAGUGCAACAGCUCGGCGAACUUAUGAAGAGGAUAGAUGUCAAUCUCCACCAGCACUUGGCCAGACAUGAGAUAGACUACCUUCAAUUUUCCUUCCGAUGGUUCAACAACUUGCCAAUGAGGGAGAUGCCCCUAGGCUGCACCGUCAGGCUCUGGGACACACUGCACGCUGAACCUGACGGCUUCUCCCACUUCGUGCUCUAUGUGUGUGCUGCGUUCCUCACCUACUUCUCCCAGCACCUCAUGAACCAGAGGGAUUUCCAGGGCUUAAUGCUGCUGCUUCAGAAUCUGCCAACAUCCUCUUGGUCAGACACGGAGAUCAGUCUGCUGGUGGCCGAGGCAUUCAGGUUGAAGUACACAUUUGCUGAUGCGCCAAACCACCUCCAGACACCUCGGAAGUGAUGCCACACCCAGCACAACAGUGGAGCAACACCAGGAAACCAUAGAAACAAACAGAAUCCACCAAAUGUCACCAAAAUAGCCAAAACCUACUGAAAAUUAAUGGGGAACGCAAGGAAAUAUUUAAAACGCAGGAAAUUAAUGGGUUUUACCAGAAAAAUGCCCAGAACGUACCAGAUAUUAGUGAGAAACGAGAGAAUAUAAUUUUAAACAGCAGGUGUUACCAAGAAUAAUACCCAGAAUGCACCAGAAAAUAUAAGCAAAAAAUAGAAACAAGAAAACACCAGAGAAAUUAACAAGAAAAUGUUCAUAAAAAAAAAUACCUUAGAAAAUUUAAUUAAAAGCAUCAUACCAUAUCAAAAAAAACAAUAUUAAAAAAACACAAUAAUAAACACUAAAACACCCAGAAUACUGAAAAAAACAUCAAUAAACACCACAAAACACCAGGAAAUGCCAGGUACAAGGGUGCUGGAGUGAGUGGUAUUAGUGUUUUGUGAGAGAUGACGAGGUGAGGGGAGAAUUGUGAAAAAAGUGUGAGGUGGAGCCAGAUUGUGCCGUGUUACCCAGUACAGACACGAUUCACAGCUCCACACAACACUGGUAGCCUCACCCGCAACUGUGACUGUGUGUGUGUGCGUGUGUAUGUGUGC